AUGUUUAGUUGGUAUCAACGAAGCUUAAUCCAGCGUCCUGUUUUGACGCAAAGCCUAACUACGGCGUGCCUCUUCGCCGUGGGAGACGGUCUAGCGCAGCAAGGGGUAGAAAAGAAAGGCAUUGCCCGCCAUGACGUAACCCGCACUGCCCGUAUGGCACUUUACGGGGGAGCUAUCUUCGGCCCGGUUGUCACCAAAUGGUUCCAGUUUCUGCAGAAGCGAAUCAAUCUCGACACACCGGGGAAAACCCUCGUGGCUCGUGUUGCUGCAGACCAGUUAGUUUGUGCCCCAACCAUGAUUGGCGUAUUUCUCUCCAGCAUGGCCCUCAUGGAAGGGGGUGAUCCGAAGGAGAAGCUGAACAAGACGUAUUGGCAAGCCCUCCGGACCAAUUGGACGAUCUGGCCCGCCUUGCAGUCCGUGAACCUGUAUCUUGUACCAUUGCAGUAUCGGGUGCUAACGGUCAACGUAUUCAAUAUCGGAUGGAAUUGUUUCCUGAGCUUCUUGAACAAUGCCGAAAUGCAAGAGUUGCCGGUUCUCUGA